AUGCUAAAUAAAGGCCCCUGUGCUUCUUCUUCUUCUUCUUCUUCUUCUUCUUCUUCUUCUUCUUCUUCUUCUUCUUCUUCUUCUAUGUUCAGAAUUUUCCCGCCUGCAUCAUCAGGUUCAGAAUUUUCCCGCCUGCAUCAUCAGGUUCAGAUUUUCAUCAUCAGUUCAGAAUUUUCCCUUACCUGCAUCAUCAGGUUCAGAAUUUUCCCGCUUGCAUCAUCAGGUUCAAAAUAUUCCCGCCUGCAUCAUCAGGUUCAGAAUUUUCCCGCUUGCAUCAUCAGGUUCAGAAUUUUCUCGCUUGCAUCAUCAGGUUCAGAAUUUUCUCGCUUGAAUCAUCAGGUUCAGAAUUUUCCCGCUAGCAUCAUCAGGUUCAGAAUUUUCCCGCUUCCAUCAUCAGGUUCAGAAUUUUCCCGCUUCCAUCAUCAGGUUCAGAAUUUUCCCGCUUGCAUCAUCAGGUUCAGAAUUUUCCCGCUUUCAUCAUCAGGUUCAGAAUUUUCCCGCCUGCAUCAUCAGGUUCAGAAUUUUCCCGCUUGCAUCAUCAGGUUCAGAAUUUUCCCGCCUGCAUCAUCAGGUUCAGAAUUUUCCCGCUUGCAUCAUCAGGUUCAAAAUAUUCCCGCCUGCAUCAUCAGGUUCAGAAUUUUCCCGCUUGCAUCAUCAGGUUCAGAAUUUUCCCGCCUGCAUCAUCAGGUUCAGAAUUUUCCCGCUUGCAUCAUCAGGUUCAAAAUAUUCCCGCCUGCAUCAUCAGGUUCAGAAUUUUCCCGCUUGCAUCAUCAGGUUCAGAAUUUUCCCGCCUGCAUCAUCAGGUUCAGAAUUUUCCCGCUUGCAUCAUCAGGUUCAAAAUAUUCCCGCCUGCAUCAUCAGGUUCAGAAUUUUCCCGCUUGCAUCAUCAGGUUCAAAAUAUUCCCGCCUGCAUCAUCAGGUUCAGAAUUUUCCCGCUUGCAUCAUCAGGUUCAGAAUUUUCUCGCUUGCAUCAUCAGGUUCAGAAUUUUCAGUGAUGGAGAAACGUUCGAAUAUCUUAAUUUAUUGCCGAAAAAGAAAAUGGAAGAUUACGUCUGUGGUCCGAAGGGAUUAUCUUAA